CAACAGUUAUACCGAAUACGAGAGAAGAAAAUAUAUUGCGCUUGUCUCCCUUCACUUGUCUUGCCCGAGGGUUCAAGUUUUGUUUACAUUCCUCUGAGUGGCGCCAAGAUCAGACCUGCAGCAGGCCGGCAGCAAGGGUAGAGCAGCAGCAUGGCAGAGUCACGCUUGCCAGUGGGCCAGUCAAGGCAGCUCGCCAACAACACCAUCUUUCAACGUGACAAUGAUGAUGGACAUGGAGAAGUUAUGGGAACUGAUGAAGGAGAAAGAGAAGCUGCAAGGAGAGAUAGACUCCACCACAAUGGAGAUAGAUGGAUGGCUUCAAAUUCUCCACUGCUCCACUGCCCAGGAACUCCACCAGCUCAUCGACAACUUCUCCACCGACUCAACCCUCCUGCCUCCCUCCUUCUCUGUGGUGCACCCGUCCCCCACCAGAGACCACCUGGUGAAGUACUACAACACCGUCACCCGCCUUAGUGCUUAUCAGAUGCUGGACUGUGCCCAGGCCUGCACCACAGCGAAGGGGGAACUGUUUAUCAAGUACCCCUGGAGGCCACCCAACAGGCCCAACCACGAGUGUCUUGUGCUGCUCAACCGCCGGAGACGACCUCACCUACAGUGUGGUGAGUCACAAUCUGCCGCCCUCAGUGCCCCUAGACCGCCUGGAGAGGGAGUACCUGCAGAAGCCACAGGGACCUGAGGGCCUGCGCAGGUUCAUAGCAGUGGUGGGGCAGUACACAAGACCCCUCUAUGUUCGCCUGCAGCAGAUCAUGUCCGCUGAGGACCUGGUGGUGUUGCAGGGGUCCGUCAGGCACAACAAGGGCGCCACAACCCUCAGCUUCAUUGUGGACCUAAAACUGAAGGAGCACCCAUCACUGACGGCUGAGUUUGUGCUGCAGUUUGAUCCCCUGGACAUCUUUCCUCACACAGUCACUGCCGCACCACUCGCCCUCAGUGGACAGGAGCAGAUACCCCCUAGGCUGCAGGAGGCCCUAGAUGAAGCAGCAAAGAGAAUGAAGACAACUACCUUCCCUCAAGUAUUGUUAGAGAGCUACAGGGCGUCUCAGUCCCAGGCAACCAGCACGGGCCAGGAGUCUCAAGAACCUGACUCCCUCCUCUCUUCUGUGGAGGAAGGCCCUCUCUUUGAUAUUGGGGAGUGAGUGAAGGUGUGUGUGUGUGUGUGUGUGUGUGUGUGUGUGUGUGUGAGGUGGAAUUGUAAGGGUUUUUCGGAGUGUGUGGGGAAAUUAUCAGUGUUUUUUUUGGGGGGAGCGUUUUAAGUUUGUUUUUCAAGUUUUUGGGUGUGUGUGGUGUUUGUGUGGGAAUUGUGGGUGUUUUUCUGGUGUUUUGAGUGUGUUUAGGUGUGUUUUUUGUGUGUUUUGGGUGUGUGGUUUUUGUGUGUGGGGGAAUUGUGGGUUGUUUUGAGUGUGUUUUUCAAGUUUUUGGGUGUGUAGGGUUUGUGUAGGAAUUGUGGGUGUUUUUUGGGUGUUUUGAGUUUGUUUGUGUGUGUGUGUGUGUGUGUGUGUGUGUGUGUGUGUGGGGAGGGUUAGUAAUUAACAACCACUACAACAAUAGUAAUUAAGCUACAGAGGAGUAGGAUAUUAUUUUUCUUAACUGGAAUAAUUAAAAGAAAAGAUAAAAGCGAGAACUGAUGGAUUUGUUUAUUUUAUUUAUUUAUUUUAUUUAACUUUUAUUUAUUUUUUUUAUUUAUUUAUUUAUUUUUUUUUUAUUUGUGUAUUUCAGUUUUUAAUUUUUGUUCAUAAUUGUAAUGAUAGGAAAAGCAAAGGAAAAGAAUAUUAGUGUUUUCAUAAGGAUUGUAAGAAUACUGAAUAAUUAUCGUACUGCUAAUGAUAAUGAUGAUGAUGAUGAUGAUGAUGACAGUUAUAGUGAUAAACAAAAGGCAAGGUAUGGAAGGAUAAGUCUAUUUUUGUUUGUAGUGAUAGUGGUGAUAACAAUAAGGAAAGAUAUUAAAGAAUUAUCGUACUUCUCUUAAUAAUGGUAAUAGUAAUUAAGAGCGCAUUGUAUGGAAGGAUUAACUUGAUUUUGCUUAUAAAGAUGAAAUUAAUAGGAAAAGGGUUAAUUAUGAGAAAACAUUAGGGUAUUAUUGUUCAUAUGUUAAUGAAGAUGAUGAUAAUGGUACAACAAAGGAAAGGUAUGGAAGAAUUAACUUAUAUUUUUAAAGGAUGAUAAGAAAAAUAAAAUAUGGAAAA